CUUCCCAUAUCAACACACAUACAAACUAAGAUUACUCAGAAGUGCAAGAGAAAGAAACAGUUGUGAGAGAUGGAGAACUUCCCUGUGAUCAACUUGGAGAAUAUCAAUGGUGACAAGAGGAAGGCAAUCCUAGAGAAGAUUGAAGAUGCCUGUGAGAACUGGGGAUUUUUUGAGUUGGUGAAUCAUGGAAUACCCCAUGAACUUUUGGAUACUGUGGAAAGGCUAACAAAAGAGCAUUAUAGGAAAUGCAUGGAGCAGAGGUUCAAGGAGGUGAUGGCAAGCAAAGGUUUGGAUGAUGUUCAAGCUGAGGUCAAGGAGAUGGACUGGGAGACAACCUUCUUCUUGCGCCAUCUCCCAGAAUCCAACAUAUCUGAAAUCCCUGAUCUAAGUGAAGAGUACAGGAAUGCAAUGAAAGAAUUUGCACAGAAAUUGGAGAAACUAGCAGAGGAGCUGUUGGACUUGUUAUGUGAAAAUCUUGGAUUGGAGAAAGGGUAUCUGAAGAAGGCCUUUCAUGGAUCAAAGGGUCCAAAUUUUGGCACAAAGGUUGCAAACUACCCUGCAUGCCCAAAGCCAGAGCUGGUGAAAGGUCUUCGUGCACACACAGAUGCAGGUGGGAUUAUCCUUCUCUUGCAAGAUGACAAGGUCAGUGGAUUGCAGCUUCUCAAAGAUGGCCAAUGGGUGGAUGUGCCCCCAAUGCGCCACUCCAUUGUUAUUAACCUUGGUGACCAGCUUGAGGUGAUCACCAAUGGGAAAUACAAGAGUGUAGAGCAUCGUGUGAUUGCUAAAACAGAUGGGACCAGAAUGUCCAUAGCCUCAUUCUACAACCCUGCCAAUGAUGCUGUUAUCUACCCUGCACCAGCAUUGUUGGAGAGUAAGGCAUUGGAGGCAGAACAAGUAUACCCAAAGUUUGUGUUUGAGGAUUACAUGAAGCUCUAUACUAAGUUGAAGUUCCAGGCAAAGGAACCAAGAUUUCAAGCCAUGAAGGCCGUCAAUUCAUUUUAGUUUACUACCAAAUUACAACAGAUUAAUGAAGUUGUGAUCUACUUCAGGAAGAGUUGUUUUUUAUAAUGCAAUCGCGUAUUACAAUUUGGUGAUUUGAAUUUGAUUACUUGUAUUUUAAUAAAUGACCAAGUUGUUCUAAUAAUAUGUUCUUGUUCUUCUUCCU